AACACGUUUGCGCAAUUGAACGUGUAUUUGUUCAACACGUCUUCAAGAUACUUUACUCUACACUAAAAAAAAUCCACCAUGUAUUCCAGUAGUUAAUAAAACGUGAUUUUUUUUUGUAAUAUUUAUAUUUUUUAAUUUGAUAAAGAAUAGUACGUGACAAUGACGGUUGUUUAUUAUGCGACAUGAAAUGUUAUCUACUCUGAUGAAAAGAGAGGGUUAUGACGAAUAACUAUCGGAGAGAAAGGAUUUUAUGGAGUACUUAUUUUUGUUUCAAAAUUUGUAGAAAUAUACUUAAUCAUGUCAGAGAAAUGUAAGGAAUGUGGCUGUGUUUGUGCCAGAUGCACAAAAAAAUACCAUAGGCACAGUGACGUGCAUUUACAUGCUGAAAUUGAGCAUUUGAGACAAAGCUUAAAAGAAAAAGACAGUCACAUAGUCAAAAUGGAAACACAAUUUCUAAAUGAAGCUGAAAAAUUUCCUAAUGGAGAGCUAGCUUCAAUGAAAGAAGAAAUUCGAACAUGGCAAGAGAAAUAUUCUCGACUUUGUGAGGCACAUAAAAGGGUUCAAAAAGUGAAUCAGAAUUUAGAGGACAAACUGCUUAAAAUCGUAGAUAAAUGUGAGACUGAAAAAGGUGCCUUUACUAAGGAUAUUGCAACUUUGUCACAUCGAUUGGCUGAUGCUAAUUAUACUAUACAUCGUUUGUCUCAAGACAACGCUAAAUACAGAAACGAUGUGAAUUUAGCUAUUCAAUUACUACAGUGUAAGCCGUCAAACUUUGUGGGACAGAAAUAUGACUCGCUGCCAACAGAAGUACAAGCAAAAGUUAGAAAUUACGUCAAUCAAAAACGUAGACCAAGAGAUCAAUCCCCUGACGUUAAAAGUAUAACUGUACCUAUUUCAACUUUUCCACCAACGGCGAUGGUUUAUAAUAUUACUAAAUCUAGUACUGAUAAAUAUAGUGAUGAUGAAAGUGACGACGGAAAGCCUCCGGUUGAUAUGGUUUCAGCAGCAAUAAUGGCUAAAGUUCUUGAAGAUAGAGAAAGAGAAAGGAUAUUCGCUAAACAUUGUGACACAUGCGUCUGUCAUAAAAGUAUUUUGAUGGUUGACUCAGAAACUCAAACGAGUUUUUCACCAGAGCAUACAUCGAAAAUUUACCCAAGCGGACUUAUAAGCGACUUUUCUAAAAUUGACGAAACAAUAAACCAGACACUCAAUAAAACGGGUGUGUGUGCGAAAAUCAAUCAAACAUUACCGACGCAGACAAAAAUUGAGAGGCAAUCGAAGGCAUCUAUAACAAAAAUCAAGCAAAUAAAAACAAAAAAAGGAGAAUGUUGGUCAGAAUCAGACAUAAAAGUAAAUCCACAAUUUUCUGAUACAGCUUUUCAUUCGGAAGUAAAUCCAACAGAAAUAAUAAAUGACAGAAUAUGGAAAAAUACCUGGACAAAGUCGAAAUUUAUAACUUCAACGCAUGAUGAUAAAAAAGAAAGCAAUAGAAAAAAUGAUACACAGUUGGAUGUGAUAAAUGAACGAGUUUGGAAAAUGGAAAAUGGUAAUAUAAACAAUUUAAACCAAGUAACUCUCAUAGAAGUAACGAAUGCAGUGAAUGCAAAUCAUCAAUCGCCAGAUUCAGCAGCAAGUCCGAGUUUUAGUAAUGAUAGUGUGGUAAUUUCAAGUUCAGAACCGUCCUCCAGUUCUAGUGAUCUAGUCCAAUCUAUCAAUGAAAAGCGACGGAUGGUGAAUAAUAAUUUAACCGUUAAAGAUAGACUAUCAGGACCGAGAAAUUGCUUAAUUAAAGUGAGAGAAGGAUCUAAGAAUAUUUUAUUAGACAAUGUAGGUCAGUAUCAGACUGUUCUUUAUACGAGUUCAGGAAGCGGAAGUGGAAGUGCCAAUCAAACUAACACAGCUCUUGUCCACAAUCUUGCCAAAUCGACGACAUCUGGAAGGUCUUUAUCAACUAGCAGUGAUGAAGCCUUUCCAAUUUUACCUAAUGAUGCAACCCAGCUGCAGAGAGUCGCUGAAUGGGUUCAAUCAUCUGUUGGGAAUUCUGGAAAAAUGUCUAGUAAUCUAAGAAACGUUGUUAGUAGUGCUGGGAUCAAUUCUCAAUCGAGUACAAAAACUAAAAAACCUUCUUGCACAUUGAUUGAAAUGCCAACUGAUGAUCAAAAUGAUUUGAUAAAUGAAAAUGUACCUCUAACGUCCACAUUAAACUUAAAUAUUACCAGCCCAAAAAUGAACGAACAAUCAACGAUAAAUGUUGAAAAUACUUCUAUUGAGAUGAAUGUCAAGCCUGAAGGUGAAAUAAAAGAUCUUAUUUCUUUCGAUUCCAAUACUGAAGAUGAUGGUGAUGAUGAGAAGAACAAUGUACAACAAAAGGAUUCAGCUUACGAAAUAAAAAUUACCAAAGAAAUGGAGGAAACUUAUUUGAAAUUAGCUGCUAGCCUUGAUCCAGUAUCUUUGCGAUUGGCGACUAAUGUCAAUGCUGAUUUAACGAUUGAAAAGUAUCGAAAAGAUCAUAAAAAGACACAAAAGGCAUUCGAGAAAAGUGGAGCGGCAACAUAACGUCAAGCAAUUCUGCGUAUAAUUAACGCUUCUUCUUGUUCUUCUUCUAAUCAAGAUAAUGCUGUGCUAUAUUUAAUUUAUCAUUGAAGUCCCUGCGUUUGAAAAUAUUUAUGCAAUAAUCAACAUAAAUAUUCCUUAAUUAAUCAUUCGUUGAAUAGCAAAAAAUAUUAUAUAAAUAAAAUGAACAAAUUAUUUAUGCACGGAGUUUUUAUCGAGGCUUUAACUAUAAAUAAAAUUGGCCUAAAACUCAAAAUUCGCUACGAUUCAUAUUUAUUGGAUCAUAAAUUUUAGCAAAAAAUAUCUCCGACUGCAGAGUUCAUUUAUUUUACCGGAAAUUAAUAAUUAUUGCUGUUAUGCUGAAAAAAGUAAGAAAAAUCAAUAUUUAAAAAAAUCUUACCAUGAAUUUUAUGUACAAUGAAAUAAGUUUUAAUGAAUUAAUAUUUAAAAAACAUUAAUGACAAUACUACAGUCGAUUAAGCUAUUUUAUUGUACGACAUUAAAUGCUUAUAAGUGUCGCACAAUAAUGAUGGAAUCAUAGGCAGUAUUAUUAUUAUAUUACCUACUUGGUUAAUAGCUUGAAUGCGUGACUAUUUGAUGCCAAAGGCCACCAAGUAUUGGCCUCUAGUUUUUAAAUUGUACUUGGCUAGAUUUUUUUUUUAUGGAAAAAAAUCUUUUCUGCGUGAUGAUAUGCCAGUGUAUCUAUUAGUCGAAUGUAUAAUGCUGGGUCUAUUUGUUAGAACAAAGUAAACUUUGAAGUCUGUAUAUACGAAAAUUAAUGGAAUAAAUAUAUAUUUGAGCAUGCUCUACAAA